AUGACUCGAGCCUGGAGACAUUUGCUGAAAGCUUUGCACCUGAAGACCUUAUCUCGCUGGACCCCCAAGACAUGCUCUUCCCUGAGCAGUGGUGCUUUCUGGACAUCUGUGACCAGGCGCAGUCUUCACACAAAGCCCAGCAUGCCGCCAUGUGACUUCACACCCGAAAGAUACCAGUCCCUGGCCUAUAGCCGAGUCCUGGAGAUACAUAAGCAACAUCUCUCUCCUAUGCUCACAGCCUAUUUCCCGGAGCCCCUGUUGCUCCACCAGGGACACAUGGAGUGGCUCUUUGAUCAUGAGGGAAACAGAUACCUGGAUUUCUUUUCUGGGAUUGUCACUGUCAGUGUUGGUCACUGCCACCCGAAAGUAAAUGCAGCUGCGCAAAGGCAGCUGGGCCGCCUGUGGCAUACAAGUUCCGUCUUCUUCCACCCUCUGAUCCACGAGUAUGCAGAGAAGCUUUCAGCACUUCUUCCUGAGCCUCUGAAGGUCAUUUUCUUAGUGAACAGUGGUUCAGAAGCCAAUGACCUAGCCAUGCUGAUGGCCAGAGCACACUCAAACAGCACAGACAUCAUUUCUUUCAGAGGCGCCUACCAUGGAUGCAGUCCUUACGCACUUGGCUUGACCAAUGUAGGCAUCUAUAAGAUGGACCUCCCUCAUGGGAUGGGCUGCCAACCAACAAUGUGCCCAGACAUUUUCCGUGGCCCUUGGGGAGGAAGCCACUGCCGAGAUUCUCCAGUGCAAACAAUUAGGAAAUGCAGCUGUGCACCAGACUGCUGUCAAGCUAAAGACCAGUAUAUUGAACAAUUCAAAGAUACUCUGAGCACUUCUGUGGCCAAAUCAAUUGCUGGAUUUUUUGCAGAGCCAAUUCAAGGGGUGAAUGGCUUUGUUCAGUACCCGAAGGGGUUUCUAAAGGAAGCCUUCGAGCUGGUGCGCGAGCGGGGAGGCGUGUGCAUUGCGGAUGAAGUGCAGACAGGAUUUGGAAGGCUGGGCUCUCACUUCUGGGGCUUCCAAACACAUGAUGUCCUGCCAGAUAUUGUCACCAUGGCUAAAGGGAUUGGGAACGGCUUUCCCAUGGCAGCAGUUGUAACAACUCCAGAGAUUGCCAAGUCCUUAGCCAAGCGCCUGCUUCACUUCAAUACCUUCGGAGGGAACCCCAUGGCCUGCGCCAUUGGUUCAGCCGUGCUUGAGGUGAUUAAAGAAGAAAAUCUACAAGAAAAUAGCCAAGAAGUUGGCACCUAUAUGUUGCUGAAGUUGGCUAAGCUGCGGGAUGAAUUUGAAAUUGUAGGAGAUGUCCGAGGCAAAGGUCUCAUGAUAGGAAUAGAAAUGGUGAAGGAUAAGGUGAGCCACCAGCCUCUUCCCCGUGAAGAGGUAAAUCAAAUCCACCACGACUGCAAAUGCAUGGGGCUUCUGAUUGGCAGAGGCGGCCUUUUCUCUCAGACUUUCCGCAUUGCGCCCUCAAUGUGCAUCACUAAACCAGAAGCUGAUUUUGCAGUGGAAGUGUUUCGCUCUGCCUUAAUUCAACACAUGAAGAGAAGAGCUAAAUAA